UUUUGCUACCCGGAAAUACAAAGUGUUUUCGUCGUAUCCAUCCAUGGUCGUGUCAGAGGGGUCCGGGAUACAUUCAGUUCACCCUUCCCCUGAAAAUAAAGGAAAUGGGUUUUGAAAGUGAAAAAAGAACAGAUGAAGAUUCUGGUCCAGAAACUGAUGCUGACCUGCAGACGCCAGUAUUGCGCAUCAGCCAGCUGGAUGCCCUUGAGCUGGACUCAUCCCUUGAGCAGCUUCUAUGGACCCAGUUCUCCCAGUGCUUCCAGAACUGUCGCCCAGGCCUGCUCACCCCGCUGGAGCCUGAGCUGAGGGCCCUGCUCCAGCUGCUCCUGUGGAGGUUCACACUGUAUUCUAGCAGCACUACUAUAGGCCAGUCUUUACUGAGCCUGUGCUACCACAACACCCUUUCUUCGUCACUUCGUUACAGACCUCUGUCCCGCAGGCAGAAGCUGGGGCUGGUGCUGCUCAGCACAGGUUCACGCUGGCUUCAGGAACGUUCACACACUCUGCUGCUGUGUAUGGGUUUGAAUGCAGGAGGGCCUGUGUCUGAGAGAGACGGUGGUUUCCUCCAACAGAGCAUCCGCAAAUCUCUGACCCUUGUUUCAAGCGUCACCCAGCUCGCAAGUCUCAUCAACUUCCUUGUGUUCCUGAGGAAAGGUCGCCAUCCUGUCCUGGCUGAAAGGAUCGUGGGAGCUCGGGCAGUUUUCAGCAAGCCGAACGUGAUUCGGGACGUAACCUACCAGUACAUGAACCGUGAGCUGCUGUGGCACGGUUUUGCAGAGUUCCUUAUCUUCCUGUUACCACUGAUCAAUACAAGAAGACUGAAGGCAACAGCGUCUUCCUUAGUUUUUGGUAGAGCAAGCAGUGAUGGAGAGGCAGCAACUGGAGGCCAAGGGGUGUUCAAAGAGUGUGGACUGUGCGGAGAGUGGCCCACCAUGCCUCAUACAGUGGGCUGCCAACAUGUUUUCUGCUACUACUGCAUCAAAAGCCACAGCAUUGCAGACCCUUACCUCACCUGUUCCAAGUGUGGUGCAAAGGCAGGACAGCCUGAGCCGGUCAGGUUGGAGGUGCAGAUUGGCAGGUGAUGAUGUGAAGAAGGUGUCAUGACUCAGUGUGUCUUGAAAUGACAGGGAUUUGUUGAAAUUUAAAUGGUGAUUCAUAUUUUUGUAGCUGAACAAAUGGAAUACGCAUAUGCCGUUACUAACCUCCUGUGUAUCAUUAUGUAAAUUAAUCUUAAAGUUUGCUGCAUUUUGAUGAAAAUCUAUUAAAUAAAUAACUUUAAUGUGAAGAUAUUUAGUAAAGAUAGGAUCAUAUGAAAACAUGAAGAAAGGCCUUCAGCAGUCCUCCUUCUGUGAGCUUCCCUUUCUUUUUUUUGAAAGAUUCACAUUGUAAUCAUGGAUGACUUUAUGACAGGACUUCGGUCUUUAUGAUGUCUGUCUGUGUCUUUUCUGAACACACAUCGACCUGCUAUGUUUAAUGUAUGUGUGCAUAUAUUGACAGUUCUGUGCCCCUUCGUUUCUCUGUCUGGACUUUGGACAGAACUAUUUGUCUUUGGUGCACUGGACAGACUACAGAGAACCACUCAGAGCAUAUAUUUGAUGAGUGAACGUGUUGAUUUAUGAUCCAAAUUGGCUGUGUGUUAGCACGUGUGUGUACUUGUGUCUGUGUGUGUUUUUGAAAUGGGAAUAUUUGUUCUGAUGAAAAAUGCAGAAAGUCAGCUGAAUAAAUAAUGGGAGGAAUUUCUGAUGCCUCUCAUCAUGGCCAAAUUAGCAUUUGUUGUGUAUUUUGUGCCUAAAUUGUAUUUCAACAUCAUUAAAAUUGAUAGAGUGCUA